AUGAGGCCACCUUACAGCCACCAACCUAGAGGCAGAUAUCUUCCUCCGCCUCCUCCUUCUGGCAUUUAUAGCUUUGAUAGAUCACCCUAUGAAGCUGGCAGCCGUUACAGACGAGAUGGGCGCUCUAGACCGUAUAGUCCACCACCACCUCAUUACUCAAAUUUUUCUUAUAGACCGUACCAAUCUCCACCUCUCCCACAUUGUUCUACAAAAGAGCCAUCUCGUCGCAGGAUACCUCCCAAAGCACCUUAUAGAUAUAUCGAAAGCGACCGACGUCAUUCUAGCCGUCCCAAAAUAGACGAAAGUGUGCGAGUUGUUGAGAAUGGCAAAAGUAAGAAAGAAACAAUGUCGAAUAGCAGUAGCAGUAAACCUCUUCAAAAACAAACCACAUCGACAGAAUUGCAGGAGAGCGUUGUGGAGAUAAAGGAACAACAACAAGCUGAUGAAAUUCAAUCUUCUUCGUCCAAUAACCAACAAAAAACGAAGGAAGAAAGGGAAUUAGCCAAGAAAGAACAAGUUGUUUUUUUAGAUAUUGAAGAAGAAGAGGAGCAUCUGAUGCAAUUCGACAGUCAGCAGAAAACCAGUGCCAGAUCAACACCGAACUCAGAUGAAGGGCAGAAAUUGGAAACCACCAGAUUAAAGACACAUGAUGAAGGACGAUAUGCUGAUAGAGAAACAUCAAAAGUAACAGAUAUGGAGUUGGAUGGAAACGGAGAAGAGAAGUCUGAAGAAAAGAUCCCAAAACCUUGGACCAAAUACAUUUCUGACAAAGGCGAACCAUACUACCACAACAGAAUUACAAAUCAAACAGUAUGGACUUUGAGAGAAAUACUUUUAGAGACGCCAAAAAAUGAGCGUGCGGAAAGUAGAAGAGUACGACACAAUGCGGAAGAAGACCCAGAAAGAAAUUCUAGGAAAAUUGCAUCUUCACCGAACAAACCUUCUGUUAACAAUAAUAGAAAGCGAAGCCUCAGUAAUAAUAGAGAUCGCUAUGAAAGCAGAGAUACUAACUCAAAAAACCCUACUUAUGAUAAAAGGCAUUUGGAGAAGGAUGUGGAAAGUAAGGCAGAAGGAAUUUCAAAACAAAAUGUUGAUGGAAAUGGUAGACAAAUGCGAAGCUUAUCUUCAACUACUAAAACAUCACGCUUAGAAAGCAAGGGGGAUAAUAUGAGAAAAACUAGCGGAACAGCAGAAGAGAAAAGUAUGAAAAAAAGACUUGUCCCAGAAGGAAGACCUGCCGCCUCAAGUUCUACUUCAGAGGGGAAACCUUACCUCAGUAGACCCAAGACGAUUGAAAGAGAUGCUUAUGGUAAAAUCAAAGUUACAACACGUAGUCAAUUAUCACCAUCUCGUAGCAGAAUUCCAUCCUCUCCUCCUUCAAAUGGUAGACAGAGGCCUGCAGCGUACCCUAUCAAUAGAACAGAGUUGCGUAACCGGUCUCGUUUGUCUCCAUCACCUUCGAUGCCUCCAAUUCCACCACCUAGAGGAUUUCACCCCUAUGAGCGCGAAUAUAGUAGGCAUUCUAGCAGUAGAAGAUAUAGCGGGCUACCUUUAUCACCACCACCGCCUCCUUCAAUUCCUCCAACGACUUAUCCAGCAUUUCAUACCACGCGACACAGCCGACCUAUUGACAGAUACUCACGCUAUCCAUCAGCACUUGAAGAACGACACCCUCCAAUGCCUCCCGCUUAUGAUUACAACAGAUCUUCGUUACGCUCUCCGCCUCCUAGAUGGCAUCCACGAGAGUCUGACGUUGACAGAAGAUCACAUGAGCUAUAUAUCAGUCGCCGUCGUCCAACUCCCCCUCCUCUACCACCUCACCAUCAUCACCAGCAUUCUGGUAGAGGCUAUCGCUAA